GGAAGAGAAGAGCAAAAAAAAGGACGAGAGAGAAAGACAGAGAAGAGUUAAAGUUCUUUCGAAACCAACCAACUUCUGUAUUUAGAGAAGCUGUGAGUGACCUGAGUUUGAUAGCAGGGCAAUAAAGACACGAGAGACACAGAACGAAAUACACAAUAACACACACAGAGCAGAGAGAGAGAGAGAGAGAGAGAGAGAGGCUGAGCAACACACCAAAAAAGGGCUGGAGCCAGAGGUUCUGCCGGCUGGAGAAACACAGACAGAAGCACACAGACGGACCGGGAUUCAGGAAUCAUGGAGCGGGGCUGUGGAUGAGCCGGAUCUCUGCCAUGUCCACGGGCCCCGGGCCCACAGGGGCCGCUCAUGGGAUCGAGCUGGGUCACGCCAAGGGCCCUGUCAGCCUGCAGACGCUGCUGGAUCUGCUGGUGGGAGUUUAUCAGGAGUUCAGCUCGGCCGCUCUGCUCAGAGAGAAACACGUGCAGCGCUUCCUGCAGUGGGCAGAGCCUCUGGUCAGACAGGUGAAGAAGACUCGGAUAAGCAGGGAUGACUUUGACAUCUUGAAGGUGAUCGGCCGAGGAACCUUCAGCGAGGUGGCUCUGGCCCGCAUGCGUAACACACAGCAGGUUUACGCACUGAAGAUCAUGAACAAGUGGAACAUACUGAAGCGUGGAGAGACGGCGUGUUAUCAGGAGGAGCGGGAGGUUCUGCUGAAGGGAGACCGGCGCUGGAUCACUGAGCUGCAUUACGCUUUCCAGGACGACAAUCACCUCUAUCUGGUCAUGGAUUACUAUGUCGGUGGAGAUCUGCUGACGUUGCUGAGUAAGUUUGGUGAUCGUAUCCCGGAGGACAUGGCUCAGUUCUACCUGGCUGAGAUGGUGAUGGCCAUCGAUUCAGUCCACAGACUCGGUUAUGUGCACAGAGACAUUAAGCCUGACAACAUCCUGCUGACAGCAGACGGUCACACACGAUUGGGUGAUUUUGGCUCCUGUCUGCGUCUGGAGGAUGAUGGACUGAUCCACUCGUCGCUAGCCGUCGGGACUCCAGACUAUCUGUCUCCAGAGAUCCUGCGGGCGGUGGAGGGCGGCGGAGGCUACGGCUCUGAGUGUGAUUGGUGGGCUCUGGGCAUCUGUGCAUACGAGAUGCUGCUGGGAACCACACCCUUCUACGCCGAGUCCAUCUCUGAGACCUACGCCAAAAUAAUACACUUCAAGGAUUAUUUUGAGUUUCCUCCGGGGUCGGAGGUGUCCGAGGAGGCGCGUUCACUCAUCAGCGCUCUGAUCUGUGACCGGAGCGAGAGGUUGGGUUCACGGGGCUCCGGGGACUUCACAAAACACCCAUUCUUCACAGGUUUGGACUGGAGUUCCCUUCAUCUCCUCCCUCCUCCGUACCGUCCUGACGUCUUCGACGCCACAGACACCUCCAACUUUGACGUGCUGGACGACUGUCUGAGCCACACGGAGACGCUGAGUGACAUGAUGGAGCGAGCACCUGUCGGGCUUCAUCUGGCGUUUGUGGGCUACUCUUACACAGCCACCAGAGAGACGGGAGCGCUGGACCGCAGCAGGGACAUCAUGAUGGAGAUCAACCAGCAGCAGGACAGAGAUCAGCUGCACCUGCAGGCAAAACUGCAGCAGUCUGAAUCAGACGUCAGUGUGAAUGUGCUGCAGAAUCAGGUGUGGCAGCUCAGAGAAUCCAUCACUGCUGAGCUGACGGCACUUCCUGCACUUCCUGCUGAGCACAACAAACCCCAGCCAAUCAACAGCAGCACAGAGACGGAGCAGAGCGACGCACACGCUUACGAGCUGCAGAGACGUCUGCACAAAGCCGAGCGCAGGAACAGAGAGCUCGAGCAGGAGAUGGCUGGACUGAGAGAGGAGAUCCUCAGACUGACCGCCUGCAGGGACCAAGUCACAGAGCUGUGUGUGUGUCGGCCGCUGUGCUGUCUGGACUCCACGCGGGAUAGCUCAGUGACGCCCCCUGCCUGCCAUUACCCGCUGGUGACGCCCCUGCACCGCCACCUGCUGCUCUUCAACAGGGUGCGGAUGCCGCAGGUGAGGAGUGAGUCGUAUCUGCUGGUUUGUGUCAAGGGGACUGAACUGCAGCUGUGGGAGCGACACUGCAGCUCUGAUCUAUCCUGAAGAACAGACACUAGAUAGUCUACUAUCUGAUCUACUCUACUAUGCAAUAGUCUGAUCUGUUCUUCUCUAUUCUUCAGUUCCAGACUAUAAAACCGUUUGAGCAUCACAGCCACUUGAUUCAGUCUGCGCACUGAUGUUUACAUGCACACCAUUUCAGCUCCAUAUUCUGGUUGCACUCAUAUUCUGAAUAUGAUGUUUAUAUGCAUAAAUAUGGUAGUUUUAGAUCUGCUGAUCUACACAUGCACAUUACCUUUCUUGCUAUUGUCCAAAAUAUUUCCUAAGAGAGUCCAUAUGCUGCCAUUACAGUAUGUACUCAGUUAUUAUUAACACUUUUACGCAAACUAAAUAUAACUA